AUGAACCAAAAUAACCAAGAUUUAAUUAAACUAAUCCAAGAUGGUCAAAAAACUCAACGUUGGACGAUGGUAAAAGAUGUCAUUGGCUCCAUCGCCGGCUUAGCCACUAUGGGGAGAAUUGAUAAACUGAAAUCGCGACACCAAGCCGAAAUGGCUCGGGCUAUUUUAGAGUUAGAUAUUAUCGAACGAGAAGCCAAACAUGAAGCCGAAUUAAGAGAAUUAGAAGUUGGUUUAGAAAAAAAGGAAGAAACCGAAAUGAUCGCUGAAACCGAUAAUUUUAUUAAUAAACUAAAAAAUAAAGGUCAAACCAUUUUUCAUAAAAAAGUUGGUGCAGUUAAAGAACAAUUCAACCAAAUUAAAGAUAAAAUCCCUAAUCCUUUGGAUGAUCAAGAAAAAUAA